UGCAGCAGUAUGAGGUCGCUGGUUGUGCUCGCGCUGUUCGUGCUGCUGCUCUGCCUGAGUUCUGCUCAGCUCCGGGGUCUGUUCCCCGCAGUGUUGAAUCUGGCCUCCAUGGCCAACAUCAGUGCGAACGCUACAUGUGGACAGAGCGGAGCUGAGAUGUUCUGUAAGCUGGUGGAGCACGUCCCGGGACAACCGGUCCGCAACCCCCAGUGUCGAGUGUGUAACCAGAGGAGCGAAAGAUACUACGAGCAUCACCCGAUCGAGUUCGCCAUCGACGGCACCAACAAGUGGUGGCAGAGUCCAAGCAUCAAGAACGGCAUGCAGUACCAUUACAUCACCAUCACGCUCGACUUACACCAGGUUUUUCAAAUAGCAUACAUCAUCCUGAAGGCUGCGAACUCUCCGCGACCAGGAAACUGGGUCCUGGAACGAUCUCUGGAUGGAGAAACAUUCAUGCCUUGGCAAUAUUAUGCCAUCACAGAUACGGAAUGCAUCACACGCUUCAACAUCACCCCAAGAACUGGACCACCAGCUUAUAAACAUGAUGAUGAAGUCAUCUGUACAUCAUUUUACUCUAAAAUCCACCCGCUGGAGAAUGGAGAGAUCCACACUUCUUUGAUAAACGGGCGUCCGAGCGCUGAUGACCCAUCGCCAACACUGCUCAGCUUCACCACAGCUCGCUACAUCCGCUUCCGGCUUCUUCGGAUACGUACUCUGAACGCUGACCUCAUGACCCUGGCCCUCGACAACCCCCGAGAUGUUGACCCCAUUGUCACCAGACGGUAUUAUUACACCAUUAAGGACAUCUCAGUGGGUGGGAUGUGUAUCUGCUACGGCCACGCCAAAGCCUGUCCUCUCAACACACACACCAAGAAACUGAGCUGCGAAUGUGAGCACAAUACCUGCGGAGAAAGCUGUGAUCGCUGUUGCCCAGGCUACAACCAGAAACCCUGGAUGGCUGGAACCUUCCUCAGGCGCCACGUCUGUGAGAAGUGCAACUGCCAUGGGAAAUCAGAUGUGUGUUACUAUAACCAAACCGUAGCUGACAUGAAACUGAGUUUGAACAUUCACGGUGAAUAUGAAGGAGGCGGAGUCUGUCUCAACUGCUCUGACAACACAGCUGGAAUUAACUGCCAGUCGUGUAAUGACGGCUUCUACAGACCAAGCCAGGUGAGUGCACAUGCUCUCCGACCCUGUAGACCCUGCUCAUGUGACCCUAGAGGGUCUGUCUCAUCCAUCUGUGUACCUGAUGAUACUCAGGGCAGUGCAGGCCAGUCCGCAGGUUCUUGCCGCUGUAAGCAGGGCUACGCGGGUCAGAGGUGCGACAGUUGUGCUUUUGGCUUUACCGGAUUUCCGGAGUGUCAGCGCUGCAACUGUAGUUUGGAGGGCAGCUUUAAUAGGGACCCCUGCCAGCUCCCGUGUUUGUGCAAGGAGAACGUUGAAGGGGAUAACUGUGAGCGGUGUAAGGUGGGAUAUUAUAAUCUCCAUGGCGACCGUUACAGCGGGUGUGAGAAGUGUUACUGCUCCGGAGUCUCCAGCGUGUGUGUGGAGUCGCAAUGGGAACACACAAAUAUCACUGAAAUGUCCGGGUGGUAUUUGACGGACGCAGAGGGGGAGGGACAAGUGUGGGCGUUCCCUGGUGUGGCCACGCCCCUUCACAUAAUUGUCAAUUACGAAGAAGCUGAAACGCGCUUGACCCCGCCCUAUUACUGGAAUGCUCCGCCCUAUUACCUGGGGAACAAGAUUUUGGCGUAUGGAGGUUAUCUGUCAUACACAGUUUCCUGUGACGAAGGCAGGCCAAUCAAAAUGUCCCAUGGCUCUGAUGUCAUCAUCGAGGGCAGCGGUCUGCGUUUGACGGACAGACACUCAGAGGUGGUUCCUGCUCCACGAUUAGCUGGAGCGGUGAGGAGGCGGGUCUCCCUGAGACCAGAGAGUUUCCGUCACCUCGGUUCUGAUGCGGCGGUCAGUAAGAGUGACUUCAUCAGUGUGCUGCUGAGACUGAGACACAUCCGAGUGAGAGCAGCACACUGUCUCCAACACAGUCUGUCCUCAGUCAGUAUGGAAGUCGCCUCUGCAGACUCUCGCUCCGGAGUUCAGGCCCGAUCUGUCGAGGUCUGUGUGUGUCCUCAUGGCUACACCGGCACUUCCUGCGAGACGUGUGCGGAAGGCUACAGGAGAGUUAAUGGAACCCUACACCAUGGUGUGUGUGAGCGCUGUCAGUGCCAUGGGCACACGUCACACUGUGAUGACAUCACUGGACGCUGCCUGGGAUGUAAACACCAUACCACAGGCCCAAACUGUAAUAUGUGUGCCCCUGGUUACUAUGGCGAUGCUACCAGAGGAACCUCAUAUGACUGCCAGCCCUGCGCCUGCCCUCUCCAGGAUCCCUCCAACAACUUCAGUCCAACCUGCCACCAGGGCGAGGACGGUCAGCUGGUCUGUGAUCAGUGCCGAGUGGGUUACACCGGUCCUCGCUGUGAGAGAUGUGAUAACGGUUACUUCGGAUCUCCCGGAGUCGUGGGAGGUUCCUGUCGUCCAUGUGACUGCAGUGGGAAUUUGGACCUCUCUGCGACCCAUAGCUGUGACCCGGUAACGGGGGCGUGUCUCCGUUGCCGUGACGGUUACGCUGGACCAAGCUGCGAAGUGUGUGCAGACGGUUACUAUGGAGACGCCGUAGUAGCCAAGAACUGCCAGUUGUGUCAGUGUAACAUUAACGGAUCUGUCUCUGAGGUGUGUAACAAGGAGACCGGACAGUGUCAGUGUCACCAGCGUGUCCUGGGCCGAGCGUGUGACCAGUGUACUCCGGGCCACUGGUUGGACUCUGGCACAUGCAGGGUGUGUAUGUGUAGUGGGCGGGGCUCCAUGUCACCGCGCUGUGACGGUGAGGGCAGGUGUGUGUGUAGGCCGGGCUUCGUGGGCCGCAGGUGUGACGUAGUGAGGAGAGAAACACAGCGUCCGAUUCAGAGAAUCCCUCUGAACCAGAACUGGGAGAACAGGAGGGGCUGCCCUCGGGGGGCUUACCCUGCCCCAACGGUGCCUGGGACGCACUUGCAGACAGGUAGUGGGUGUGUCCCGUGCCACUGUAACUCGUUCGGCUCUAAGUCGUUUGACUGCAGUGAGAGCGGGCAGUGUCGGUGUCAGCCCGGAGUCACGGGACAGAAAUGUGACCGCUGUGCUCCAGGACACUUCAACUUCCAGGAGGGAGGGUGCACACCGUGUGAGUGUUCUCAUGUGGGGAAUAACUGUGACCCGGGGACAGGUCGCUGUGUCUGUCCACCCAACACAGUGGGGGAUCGGUGUGAGAAGUGCGCUCCUAAUCACUGGGGUCACGACAUCGCCACUGGCUGCAAGGCGUGUGGCUGUAACGUGAAUGGCGCGGUCACCCAGCAGUGUAACGUGAACACGGGAUGUUGUUUUUGUCGGGAUCAGUUUAAGGGAGAGAAGUGUAACGAGUGUAAGCUGGGCUACAGGAACUUCCCGCACUGCCUUUCCUGUGACUGCUCGCUCUCUGGCUCCAACGCCGAAACGUGCGAUGCUGAAGCGGGCAUGUGCGCGUGUGCCGAGAGGACCGGACAGUGCUCCUGCAAGAUGAACGUGGAAGGUCUGAGGUGUGAGGUGUGUAAGGUGGGGACGUUUGGACUGAGUGUGGCGAAUCCUCUCGGCUGCAGCCGCUGUUACUGCUUCGGCCUGAGCACGAGCUGUACCGAGGCCCAGGGACUGAUCCGCAUGAAGCUCACGCUGAUGCCAGAGCAGACGGUGCUCCCCCUAGUGGACAAAGACAACAGCAAGGAGAUUACAUUUGGAAUAACAUUCCAGUAUCCUGAAAUCAUCGCUAACGCUGAGGUGAUUCGUCAGGAACUAGCCGAGCCGUACUACUGGAAGCUCCCGAAGCAGUUCAGAGGGUCCAUGAUAACAGCAUACGGAGGGAAACUUAAAUACACCAUUUAUUAUGAAGCACGGGAUGAAACAGGCCACGCCUCCUACGAGCCACAGGUCAUCAUUAGGGGUGGAGCCAACAGAGACAAAGUCAUGAUACGCCAUUUGGUGGAACCACAGAUUGGUCAGCUGACCCGCCAUGAAAUCGACAUGACAGAGCACGAGUGGAAACACCAGGACGACAAACCGAUGAGCCGAGAGGAUUUCAUGGAUGUUCUGUUCUACAUUGAUUAUGUUUUCAUUAGAGCAUCACAUGGCAAUGUCAUGAGACAAAGCAGGAUCUCAGAGAUCUCCCUGGAGGUGGCAGAGGAGGGCCGGUCCUCGGUGGAGAGCGAGCGAGCGCAUCAGAUCGAGAAGUGCGAGUGUCCUCAGGGAUACUCCGGGCUUUCCUGUGAGGAGUGUGCCGCAGGGUUCUACAGACUCUCCCCUCAGGUCUCCGGCUCAGUCUUCAGGUCAGGGAUGGGAAGCUGCGUUCGAUGUGACUGUAACGGCCACAGCGGCUCCUGUGACCCGGACACCGGUGUGUGUCAGAAUUGUCAGCACAACACAGAAGGAGAGAAGUGUGAGAGGUGUUCAGCUGGUUUUUAUGGCAUCGUACGCGGCGCUCUUGAUGACUGCAAGCGCUGUGCCUGCCCUCUCACCAGCCCAGGAAACAAUUUCAGUCCUGCAUGUGUGACAGAGGGGUUCAAUGAUUACCGCUGCACCGCGUGUCCUGAAGGCUACGAGGGAAAGUACUGUGACAGGUGUGCCACUGGUUACCAUGGCGACCCGCGGCGACCAGGCGGCCGGUGCGAGGAGUGUGAGUGUGACCCGGUUGGCGCGACGCCCGGUCCGUGUGACACACACACGGGGGCGUGUCAGUGCCGACCCGGAGCUACGGGCUUGAAGUGUGACCACUGCAUGGACCGGCAUGUGUGUGGACCAGUGGACAUCGUGUCAUGUGACGAUGACUGCGCGGGGCUCCUCAUCAGAGACAUGGAUCGGUUGCUAAGACUGAUUGGCGGAGCAAAUCUGACAUUGCCCCUCCCCCCACCAUAUGGCGCUCUCUACCGCGUCGAGAACAUGACCGACGAGCUCAAGCACAUGCUGUCUCCUCAUCGAGCUCCAGAGCGCCUCCUGCAGUUAGCGGACAGUAACCUGGGCAGUUUGGUCACCGAGAUGGACGAGUUACUGAGCCGGGCCACAAAAGUAUCAGCAGACGGAGAGCAGACGGAUUCCGAUGCGGAGAGGAGUCGCAAACGAGCUGAAGAUCUCGAGCUGUUCGUUAAGAAUACACUCCUUGCUGCUGAAGCUCUGCGUGAUAAGGCCCGGGAACUCAACGCCACUUUGGGUCGGAGGGACGACGGCGUGGAGAAGAGUGUGAAUGAGAUGCAGAAGGAGAUCAAGGCCAUGAUCGCUGAACUCCGUGCACGGCAACUCACACACCCGCACACACACACCGUGCAGGAGGAACUCAGGGCUGCUCAGGAUCUCCUGUUGAAGAUUCAGCGUAACUUCGCGGCUCCUCACCGCGUAUCUGAGGAGCUGCAGCAGGAAGUCGACGCCAAACUGCGACACCACGACGACAAACUGCGCGGCGCUCAGGAGCUGCUGGACCAGGCUCAGGGCGAUACGGGCCGCGCUCGCACGCUGAACAGUGACAACCUGCGCAGGCUGGAGGAGCUGAAGAGAAAAAGGGAUGAGAAUAAUAAACAGAAGAAGGAGACAGAGGGAGUCCUGGAGGAUGGAGAGAAGAUCCUGAAUGAUGCAAACGCUCUCUCAGACAACUUCAACCGUGGCAUAGAGGAGCUGGAGGAGAUGGAGCGCGAGAUCGGACCGCUGCAAGAUCAGCUCGACUACAGAGUGUCCAAGUUGUCCCGGGUCGUGGAGGACGACACGCUGCCGGACCUGCUGCAAAGAGCGGAAGGCCACGCCGCACAGCUUAACAACUCCGCCGCCAUACUGGACAGCAUCCUGGCCGAGGCUAAGAACCUCUCCUUCAAUGCCACGGCCGCGUUCAACGCCUACAGCAACAUCAAGAACUACAUUGACGAGGCGGAUAAAGCGGCCAAGCAGGCGAAAGCUACGGCUACAGAGGCCGUGCAGCUGGCCACGGGACCUAAGGGUGCCCUGAAAGAUGAGGCUAAGAGCUCGGCCCAGAAAAGCCAGCAUCUGUGGAACGAGGCCAAGAACCUGGAGAACGCCGUGAGAGAGAACAGAGAUAAUUUGGGAGUUCUGCAGCUUCGGCUCAAAGGCGCCGAUGCCAAGAACAAAGACCUGCUGAAGGGCCUGAAAGAAAACUUGGCAAUGCUCCGAGCCAUCCCUAACGAUACGGCUGCCAAGCUCCAGGCCACGAAACAGAAAGCAGGCAAAGCUAACGACACAGCGCAUGAGGUUCUGGCUCGGCUCAAGGACAUGAACCAGAACCUGAUGGGGCUGAAUCGCAACUACAGCAAACUGAAAGAUGACAUCAACAAAGCCAACAACCUCAUCCAAGACCCUGAGAAAAAUAUCCAUGCAGCCGGUGCUAAAGUGAAGGACCUGGAGGACGAGGCAGAGCGCCUGCUGGAGAAGCUGAAGCCGAUUCGCGAGCUGCAGGACAACCUGCGGAAAAACAUCUCGCAGAUUAAAGAGCUCAUUAACCAGGCUCGCAAGCAGGCCAACUCUAUCAAAGUGUCAGUGUCCUCUGGGGGAGACUGUAUCCGCACCUACAGGCCGGACGUUAAGAGAGGCAACUACAACACCAUCAUCCUGAACGUCAAGACGCUCGCUGCGGAUAACCUGCUAUUCUACCUCGGCUCAGCCAAAUUUGUGGAUUUCCUGGCGAUCGAGAUGAGGAAGGGCAAGGUGAACUUCCUGUGGGACGUGGGGUCAGGGGUCGGCCGAGUGGAGUAUUCCGGCCUCGCCAUUAACGAUGGAAACUGGCACAGGAUCGAAGCCUCACGUAUGGGUCUGAACGGCAGUAUUUCUGUUCGGCCCCUGGAGGGCCCCAAAGCGAGCAUCGUCCCAACCUGGCAGAGUGCUAAGUCACCUGAGAGCUACACGCUGCUGGAUGUGGAUCAAAACGCUUACCUGUUCGUAGGAGGAAUGCUGGGCCGUGUAAAGAAAGCUGAUGCGGUAAAGACGAUCACCUUCUCUGGCUGUAUGGGAGAGACGUACUUGGACAGUAAACCAAUCGGACUGUGGAACUACAGACAGAGAGACGGAGACUGUAAAGGAUGUGUGGUCAGUCCCCAACCUGCUGACUCUGAAGCCGUGGUUCAGUUCGAUGGCGAGGGUUAUGCUGCUGUCAGUCGUCCCAUCAGGUGGAACCCCAACAGCUCCACGGUGACGUUCAAGUUCCGCACUUUCUCCACCAGUGCCAUGAUGAUGUACCUGGCUACCAAGGACAUGAAGGACUUUAUGAGUAUAGAGCUGAGUGAAGGUCGCGUGAAGGUCAGCUAUGAUCUUGGGUCUGGUACCGGCUCAGCGCUCAGCCAGAAACGACACAACGAUGGACGAUGGAAAUCGCUCACCAUGACUCGCUCCAAAAAACAAGGCACCGUGAUCAUCCUUGACAUAGAAAGCAAUGAGGAGGAGAAAAUUCUUGUAGAUUCCCAGGGAGGAGCAACAGGCCUCAACUUAAAGGAGGGCGAGAAAAUCUACUUUGGAGGUUUACCUACCAUCGGAAACUACAGUAGCAAAUCAAGGUCUGAGGUAUCCCUGAGGAGAUACGCUGGGUGUAUGAAGGACAUCGAAGUUUCCCGAACACCUUACAACCUCCUGAGCAGCUCAGACUACACUGGUCUCACCAAAGGCUGCAGCAUAGAGAAUGUCCACACAGUCAGUUUCUCCAAACCUGGGUUCAUGGAGUUAAGCCCGAUGGUGUUUAAUGUCGGCUCAGAGAUUACGCUGUCCUUUAGCACCAAGAACGAAAAUGGGAUUAUCCUAUAUGGUCGAGGCGGAGUGACCAGCCUAACCCGCGUCGCCCAGGACAACUUCCAGAGGCCAGGACGCAAACGCAGGCAGACCGGAGAGCCCUAUGUGUCAGUGCAGUUGAAUAAGGGAGCUCUAGAGGUGCUGGUGUUCAGUGGCAGCAGGAACCCUCGCCGCAUCAUCAGAAAACCUGAUGGAGGGAUUUUACAUGAUGGACUCGAGCACUCACUGCGUAUCCGCCGGCACCCAGGAGGCUUAUUCUCAGUUCAGUUGGAUGAAGAGGCGCGACUAGAGCAGGCAUUACCCAGUGAUCAGCCAAUUGCCAUACAAAGACUGUUUGUGGGCGGAGUCCCGGCGGACAUGGCGGGUGGCCUGCAGAGACCUGGCCUGCCUUUCGAGGGCUGCAUCUGGAACCUUUUGAUCAACACGAUCCCCAUGGACUUCUCCCAACCGGUGGCCUUCGAAAACGCUGAAAUUGGCCGGUGUCCAGAUGUAGCCCCACCCCCUCCUCCUCCAGCUCCUGAAGAAGAGGAGGAAGAAGAGGAAGAGGAGGAGGAAGUGACUCCACCCAAAUUACCCACGGAUACAAUGAAACCACCACCUUCCACAGCCACGCCUCCUGCUGAUGUCAUCACCGUUCCUGCUGUGCUGCCUGUAGAUGUGCCUCACACUGUGGUGUCCUGCGCAGUGGGGGCGGAGCCUGAAGUGCUGGAAUUAGCUAAGCAGUUUGGUCUCUCGAGGAACAGCCACAUGGUGUUCGAGUUCGAUGACAGGAAGGUGAAGAACAGCCUGAUCAUUGAGUUCGAGCUGAGGACGGAGGCAGAUUCCGGGCUGGUGUUUUACAUGGCCAGAAUAAACCAUGCCGACUUCGCGACAGUUCAGGUGAAGGAGGGAAUGGCCCACCUGAGCUACGACCUCGGCAGCGGGAACACGUCUGUCAGCGUCCCACGUAUCAUCAACGACGGACACUGGCACAAGAUUAAAGUGCGUAGGGAUAAACAGAGGGGCAUCCUGACAGUCGACGGGCGUUACAUCAAACACACCGUGAGCCCGAAGAAAGCCGACAUCCUGGACGUUGUGGGGAAUCUGUAUGUGGGAGGACUUCCUCUAAACUACACCACCAAGCGCAUAGGACCGGUGGUGUACAGCAUUAACGGCUGCAUCAGAAACUUCCGGAUGACGAAUGGGCCACAGGACCUGGAAAAUCCCAACUCCAGCUACCGCGUGGGCACGUGCUUCACCAAAACGCAGAGUGGCUCAUACUUCAGCGGCACGGGAUACGCUAAAGCAGUGAGCACCUACAGAGUCGGGAACGAUGUGACAGUGGAGCUGGAGUUCCGCACCAGCAGCAGCAGCGGAGUCCUGCUCGGAGUCAGCGGCCAGAUAAUGGACGGACUCGGCAUCGAACUCGUCAACGGCAAGCUCCUUUUCCAUGCUGAUAACGGAGUGGGGCGUGUCACGGCCCUGGCCCAAGGGGCGGAGCUUUGUGAUGGACAGUGGCAUUCUGUCACUGCCCACAAACUGAAGCACCGCCUCGAGCUGAUUGUGGAUGGCAGAAAAUCCGAAGCAGCCAGUCCGGACGCUAGCUCCGCCUCCGCCGACACCAACGACCCUGUCUACGUGGGCGGGUAUCCUGAGGGCCUGAAGCAGUUUGGUCUGACCAUCAGCACUCCCUUUAAAGGCUGCAUGAGAAACAUAAAGCUGAUUAAAGCAGGAAAAGUUCUGGAGGUUCAGCUCAACAAAGCACUGGAGAUCAAAGGGGUCCAGCCUCUCACUUGUCCUGCUGCAUAGACACACACACACACACACACACACACACAGUUUUAUCUAACCACUUCUAUUCAGAAAGUGAUUCAGCUCUGGGAGAAAAAAAAAACAAUGAGGUUUUUUGCGCUGUUGUAAAAAUGAACCCAAACCAAAUCCACCACACGUGCAGCACACCUUUGUUAUACUUUGAUUUGUAACGCUUGUUGCAGGGAUUUAUAAAUGAACACACUGCUCAUACUGUACACUGCUAACACCCUCGUAUAAAACACAGCCGCAGUGUUAAAUCUGGUUUUAGCUCAUCACUGAUACUAUUAGCCGUCAUUUUGGACAGGGAUUGUGUUCCUAUAGACACAGUUUCGUUACGUGUGCAUCAUUUCAAGGGAUUUGUACUUGACCUGAUCAUAAAUAAAAAUAACUGUUUGUGCUUU